UUAGAUCAAGUAUGUAUGUAUUUACGUACAUACAUAAUUUUUAUACUAUACCAUUCGUCGAAGCAAAUCGUAGAGGGCGUAAAAAACACUGAUUUUUUCAUAAUCGGUAUUUCAGGACAUAAGAUACGCCGAUAUCCCAUAUAACGUCAAAUCUAUCCUAUAUUUACAUAUAUAAACGAUGGUGAUACGUAUGUAUAUUCUGUACCUUGUCCAUAACUAAAUGAAUUAUAUAAUUAAUUAAUUCGAAAGAUUUUAUCUACCGAUUCAUUAUCGAUAACAACACCGACAUGGACCUCUUGUUGUCUGUGGUAUCGAACGGGUCCAACAAUAUCGUCUUCACUCCUGGAAACGACAAACGUGAGGCGACAUGACGUUUUGUCGGUGACGCGACAACUUUCUGAUAUCGAACCAUAUCCACCGAUCAAGGUGACAUAUUUAUUUAUUAUUAAAAAAAUGGAUGAAACAAGGAAUUACAUAAACUUAGUAUUAACAGUUAAAAAAUAUCCAGCGUUAUAUGAUCUCAGUUGUAAUGACUACCAUAAUAGGGUUGUACGAAAUAAAAUGUGGAGAGCGGUAGCCCAAGAAGUAAACGCUUCUGCUGCAGAAUGUAAGGAGAAAUGGAAGAAUCUUCGCGCCAGCUUCAGUAGACAUUUAAGAAAUCAAAAUACGGCGAAUUCGAAAGCAAAAAAACCAUAUUACAUGGCCGAUUAUAUGGAUUUUUUACUUCCUUACAGCAAACUUCGCAGGCCAGAUGACAGUUUGAACGAGGAAGGACCAAUAGUGCAAGAGAACUGGAACGAAGAGGAGACCGCUUCUGAUACGUCCUCUAAUUACGAGAAAUUAAACAAAUCUAACCAAACGAUGCCAGAACCAGAAAGAGAUGGAGACUCGAAGAACGAAGAGUACACGUUCGUGAGGAGUAAAACGAUGAGGCUUACAGAUGACCGAUUAUCACAUAGAUGCUUGGAUAAUUGUAUCCUAGCCAAAAAACGAGAUGUCGACGAAUCGAUUAAUGAUGCAGACUUGCUGUUCUUUAAAAGCUUACUUCCAGACGUACGUCAGAUGACGAGACAAGAAAAGAGAAGUUUUAAAAUAUCUGUAUUGAAUUUGAUCGAUAAAAUACUAAACGAAAAGGAAUCGGCAAUGUCGAUCGAAAACGAUAUUCCUUGCGCUAUAGUAAAAGAUCAACAGGACGAAAGGGUCGAUCAGUUUUAAAUUAAAAGACUUUAUCAGAGUUUGUAAUGAUAUGUAUAAAUGUAUAACAAUAUAGACUGCCUAAAUUACAUUUAAUAAAAUAAAAUAUAUAAGAAGUCUUGGAAAGGGUGUUAACACAAUUUGUGAAGAGAAAUCUGCAUUCUAAACUAAUUUAUAAUUUAUAAUUUAUUGAUAUAUUAUUAUCGAUAAAACCGUAAUAAUAAUAAAUAAUUAAUAAAACCGUA